CGAUGUAAGCACCUAUGACAACAGCGCAGUUACCCAGCUUCAAAGGACCCAACCUCUCACUUCUGACUUCUGAGUGCAGUGUGUUGGAUCGGCUGUAGGUGUGAGGGAGCAAGAGCCAUAGGCAGAGAUCGAUGGGCAUCUCAGGUGCUGUGGAGUGGUGGGAGGAGUGGCAGCUGCGCAUCCUCGUCCUCGCCAGCCUCUUCCUCCAGUGGAUCCUGUUUAUCUCAUCUACCCUGCGUAAGCUUGCUCUUCCUUCCUGGUUCAGGUCCUUAAUCUGGCUAACGUACCUAGGCAGCGAUGCUCUAGCCAUAUACGCCCUGGCUACCCUCUUUAGCCGCCAGCGGAAGCAGGAUUAUGGUUCUGCAAACAGCGAUAGCAUCCUCGAGGUGGUUUGGGCGCCCGUUCUCCUGGUCCACCUUGGUGGACAGGACGGCAUAACCGCCUACAACAUCGAGGACAACGAGCUGUGGACUCGGCAUGUCCUCACUGCUGUGUCCCAAAUCACCGUAGCCAUCUAUGUGUUUUGCAAAUCAUGGCCUGGUGGCGACAAGAGGUUAUUGCAGGCGUCAAUCUUGUUCUUCGUCCUGGGGAUACUCAAAUGCAUAGAGAAGCCCUGGGCUCUCAAGAGCGCUAGCUUCAGUAGCCUAGUCAGCUUAGCCGACCCUUAUCUCAAUCAUCGAAGGAUGGCGAGAAGGGCAGCAAUCAAAGCUGCUCGACCUCCUUGGUUGGUGCGGUAUCAGCAAAGGCUGAACUCCCUCUUCCCGGAGGCGACGAUCAAGGCUGAUUCGCUUUCGAGGAUGGUAAGCAGGAUAGGCAAGGACAUUUUGCUUGAAGACUAUGUGCAAAAAGCAAGGGCUUUUGUCCUGGCCGACUGUCGUUCUCAAGCCAGAGUAGAAGGUGGCGGAAUUGACCAUCAGCACAGCCAUGUUCCUCUAGCGCAAGAAGCCAAUGAAGUGGACCUUGAGGGCAACCAUCAUCGUCAAGCCCAAGGAAAGGACAAUGAGGCUGACGGUGAGCCUGACCAUGUUCCUCAAUCACAAGAAGAACAUGGCGAAGCUGACCUUGAGCUCAACCAUGUUCCUCGAGCACAAAAAGAAGGUGGCGUGGCUGACCCGCCCAACCAUGUUCCUGAAGCCCAGGGAGAAGGCGAUAGAGUAAACCGCCUAAUCCAAUUAGGGAGAUUGGACCUUGACACCCGUAAGUUAUUUGUAGACCUUGCAUCAUCGAAUUCUGAUCGGCUAACUGUCCUAGAAUUCUUCCUGGCGCAUGAAGCAUAUGCUUCUUUGCAAGGAGAGCUAUUCAAGAUGUUUGAUCUUCUCUACACAAAAGCGAAGAUGAUAACCAUGUUUGCAGAAACACCCACAACAGACGGCAUUACAUCAAUGAGUUUUUUUUCUGGCUGCGUACGUUUAGCAGCUAUAUUUCUGCCAUUAGCAGCCAUUGGCCUCUUCCACAAGAGUCGCAGAGACGCUUAUAACAUUAACGAUGUCCAGGUUACAUAUACAUUGUUCUGUUGUACUGCUGUGCUGGAGUAUAUUUCCAUGUCCACUGUAAUGUUCGUGUCUGCGCUGAUGGAUGCGAUAAUCCCGUCCGGUAUGGUUGCCCAAUAUAGCCUCGUAGGUUUCUUAAUCCGCAACAAAAGACACAGCAAGAAAAUGUGCAUCCUUAGUUCCCUCAAUUGCAAGGAUUUCCUUGACCAGCGUUUGUGCACGAAGUCAUGUUCCUCAUCUUCCAGAAUUACAAAGUUGGUUCUUCAGCAUGUGAAAGGUUGGUGGAAGGAACACAUAAUAGAUGCUGCCAGUUACAGGAGGUUCAGUGAUCACAGGGGGCAAUGGACUAUUCAGCGUAAAGAAUGCGACGAAAGCCAGGAAUGGGGGCUAAACAGGUCGUUCGACGAGAGUGUCCUUCUCUGGCACAUCGCAACGGACUUGUGCUUCUACCAAAAGGGCGACACAUCAGCCAGUCACGGAAAUGCCACGGAAUGCCGAGAAAUUUCCAGUUACAUGAUAUACCUACUGUUUGUCAAGCCUGAGAUGCUGUUGCCCGGCGCGAGACGGAGUCUGUUCAAGACUGCUAAUGCUGAACUGGAGGAGUUCCUCAAGGACGACGAGGCAUCAGUGAUGGAGAUCCUCAAGGGAAAAGGGACAUUGCCUGAGGAGACUGAAAAAAGAUUUGUGGACAGGAUAGUUGUCAAGUUGCAGCGCACAGAAUGCAGAGAAGAAGUCACAGGAUGCACAGAAUUGCCACCGGAUGCAGAGAAAUAUCCAGCGCUACGGCAAGGUUUGAUUAUCCACGACGCCUGGAAGAUUUCUAAAAUGUUGUUGGCUCUGGGUGAUGAGAAGAAGAUGUGGGAGGUAAUUGAAGGCGUGUGGGUGGAGAUGCUCUGCUUCUCUGCUAGUAGGUGCCGAGGGUUCCUACACGCCAGGAGUUUGGGCACUGGCGGGGAGCUGCUCACAUACAUCUGGCUCCUGCUGUCACACAUGGGGAUGGAGACCUUGCCGGAGAGGGUGCAGAGGAGGGACCUUUCAAGUGGAGGAGGAAACACCGACACCACUCCAUCAACUUCCCAGAUACCUGGGAGCGAAGAUGCACGACCCUUGAAACGCCAGAGGCCUCAUGAAGCUGCUGGUGCUGGCGCAUCUACCUCUCGACCUGAAGAAAUACAACCAGCUGAAUAGUCUGAGAAAUCAUUAUCUCUGUGGUGUUCAUACAGGGAAAUAAUCAUGUGUCUGUAUCACCCAUCUGUCGUUCGUUUCCUUGGAGUCGUUGCUUGCAGCUGCUCCGUUAUGCAGAGCUUGAUGCACCAGCCCAGUUUGAUGCCUGUCAGUCUGUGUGUGUGUGUGUGAUGUUAGAGCUGCCAGAUGAUGUCAUAUUAGUCCGCUGAUGCGUGUCCCGUGUUGGAUUCUGUAGCAUCAGUGGGUUUGUUAGAGUGAAUUUGGUUUUUUU